AUGAACUCAGUAUCCUUUUGGAUACAAGUUCAUGAUAUCCCAUUGAGUUUUCGUAAUAAGGAGGUGGCAGAACAGAUUUGUGAGGUCAUUGGUCCGGUUACCAAAAUGGAGAACCCAAGUGACUAUGACGGAGGCACAUUUAUUCGGGUCCGUGUAGUCGUGAACAUCUCCCUUCCUCUAUGUCGUGGUCGGCUCAUCACCCUGGACAACAACGAAGUCCAUUGGGUCUCCUUUAAGUACGAACGCCUCCCCAAUCUAUGUUAUUGGUGCGGCACUCUCACACACCUGGGCAAGGACUGCGAACAUUGGAUAGAAAGCGAAGGCUCGCUGAACAAAGAGGAACAACACUACGGGCCAUGGCUCAAGGCGGCUCCGUUCAUGGCCUCCAAAAAAUCCUUUCUCUCCGUCCCGGGCUUCUACGCCAGCAUGAAAACUGAUAAAGCUGGCUGGAAGCACACUGAAACUCAUUCCCAUAACCGGGAUUACCCAAAUACGACGGUAGGCGAAACCCCAUCUACUUUGUCGCCGAAAAACGAGGAGCACUCCCAGUCACCGGAAAUCAUGGAACAAGACAAGAGCUCAGUCUCGAUCAGUCCCCAAGAUCAGCCAUCAACUGACACAGAUUGCAUGGGGCCUCCUUUCCUAGGAUCCACUCAGAUGCCCACUCAACCUUUAGCCUUUAGCCAACUCAUUGAAGAGAUCGACGUGGACAUCCAUCGCUUUGACAAUGCGGCCCCAGCAUGCCACAACCCAAAUAACUCCAACUUGGGCCGAAGCCCAUUGCUAGUUAAUGAACAUGAAACUCCCAUCGGCCCACCUACUAAGGGCCCCCUAACCAAGCCCUGUGAUUCAAACCCCACCAAGGAUACCAAUACCACCUCCCCGACCUAA